AUGGAUCAAGCUGUUAGAACAAAGUUAUCUUAUAUCCACGGAGGACUGAUGGCAUUUGUAUGGCUAGUGGCCGUGCCACUUGCUAUUGCAGGCAAUAUGUACGCUAGAAAGAAGCAGUUACCAUGGGGACCCAAGUUUCAUAUGGCGGUCAUGGCAACUGCUGUACUUUUACCAUUUACAGCGUCUGCCGGCCUUAUCUUUAGCGUAUCUGGUGAGAUCAAAUUGAGGCCUCAUUCUAUGAUUGGAACCAUUCUGUCACUUGGCACAUGGAUACAAAUUAUCCUGGGUGUUGUAAAUCAUUCUGUAUUUCGAUAUCGACGAAAGCAUAAUCGCUUGCCAGCCAAACGCCCGUGGAAUAACCAUGUGCAUAUAUGGUUAGGACGAUUUUUAGCUACUAUGGCUCUAUUGAACGUAUCCUUGGGAAUGAGAAUAAGGGGAGCAAGUCUCGUGGUCUAUAUUUUGUUUGCCAUAUGGGCCACCUUCUUGGUUGUUCUCUUUCUAUAUUUAGCUUGGAUAAAGACAGAAAAGAAGCAGGCUGUGUCUUGUCUGCCAGAUCCAGACAAAAGUUACAAAGUUACCGACAAAGGGGAUUAUGAUAAGAGUAAAUUAUUGACCAAUAAAUAUGGUGUAGGGACUACAUGGCAGUACUGCAUUGUGUAUAUACAUCGAUUGACCGAGAAAGAGAUAUUUGAAUGCAUUCAAUAUGAUCGAGCUCAAUUGACAAAGAUACCAAAACAUCUCAGUAUUCAUAUUUCCAAUGAAUUAGCAAGUACAAGGAGUCAUAAAGACUGGGAGGAAAUUAUAAACAAUGUGUGUUCAGUCUCUUGCUGGGCUUGGGAGUUUGGUAUUAGAGAAAUAUCUGUAUAUGAUGCAUCAGGUAUGAUGAAAUAUAUUUCUGUUGAUUUAUACAAGCAACAAAGCAAAACAUUGAAUGAAUGGAUAAAGGCUUAUUCAACAAAGAGAACAACAAAACAAGAAAACUACAUAAAACUUUCGUUUUUAUCAGGUGAAAGUGGUAAAUCACAUAUGGGCGCAGUUGUACAAAGAAUGGCCAAGCAAAUCAAUGUAAAUGAUGUUCAUAUUGGCCUAGUAGAUAAACAUAUGCAUGAAGAUUCUUUUUCAGACUCUGAUUUAAUGAUUGUCUAUAACGGCCUUCCUCAUCAUUAUCUAUCUUUAGAUGGAUAUUCUCCGUGGCAUAUUAAGCUCACAGAGUUCAUUAACUUUAGUCAUCACCAUUCUUUAAAUUAUACACUAUUUUCUAAAGCCUUGUAUCGAUUUUCAAAAGUAGAGCAGCGCUUCGGACGAUGA